UGAGCUCGCCGAGUAAGCAUCAUGAGCAAAGCUCACCCUCCCGAGUUGAAAAAAUUUAUGGACAAGAAAUUAUCAUUGAAAUUAAAUGGUGGCAGACAUGUCCAAGGAAUAUUGCGGGGGUUCGAUCCCUUUAUGAAUCUUGUGAUAGAUGAAUGUGUGGAGAUGGCAACUAGUGGGCAACAGAACAAUAUUGGAAUGGUGGUAAUUCGAGGAAAUAGAAUCAUCAUGUUAGAAGCCUUGGAACGAGUAUAAACAAUGGGUGUGUUCACCAGAAGAAACCAACUGCUUCCAUGUGUCCCCUUCAUAGCACCUGUUUUACUACAAUAUAAAAAUCAGGUCAUGCAUUUUCAUAUUGAACUUUUUUGUUAAAUAAACUUUUUUAAUAGUCAAAAAAAAAAA